AUGGGUGCUGGCAUAAGCACGUUGUUCUAUACGCCCAGUAAUGCAUCUCAGACUGGGAUCAUAGAGUGGGACGUGUCAUUUUUGAACCCUUCUAUCCCGAGUACGCCACCAGUUGCACGUGGAUUGAUCAUCCUAAACCAACCAUACUCCCGGAAUCUACUGGACAUACUAUGGAACGCCUGCUCAUGGCAUUGUUGUGCAGACGGAGGUGCCAACCGACUGUUUGAUCUCCUCCAGGAUGAUCUUCGUUGCUCCUAUGUUCCGAACUUGAUUAAGGGCGACCUGGAUUCCUUGCGGGCUGAUGUGCAAGAUUACUAUACCUCCAAGGGCGUUCCGGUCGUACGAGACCAUGACCAAAAUUCGACAGAUUUAAUGAAGUGUGUUCAAUCGAUCCAGGAAAAGGAGAAACUAGAGAAUCAGGAGUACGAAAUUAUCAUCCUUGGAGGACUGAGUGGAAGAUUGGACCAGACCAUACAUACACUCUCGUGCUUGCACAAGCUACGGCGAACGCGAAAGAAGGUAUUUGUGGUCACGGAUGAUAACAUUGCCUGGGUGCUCGACGAGGUAUACCAUCGCAUUCGCAUCGAUCACGACAUACUGGGACCUACGUGUGGGUUGCUACCCGUCGGAGUGGAGUCCACGAUAUUGACGACCACUGGACUUCGCUGGAACCUAACUGAGGCAAAAUCAUCCUUAGAUGGAUUGGCUUCGACGUCGAACCAUCUAGUCCCUGAGGAAAAAUUCGUGACGAUUAAUACUUCAAGACCGAUCUGGUGGUGUGUGGAGCUCUGUAGUAGGAAAGACUGA